AUGGCGGAGCCACGCAGAGUAGCGUUUAUUAGCCUGUCACCGGUGAGGCGGCGCGAGGCCGAGUUCGCGGGGGCCGAGCGCGAGCCCGAGUACCCUCGCGAGCCCCCCCGGCUGGAGCCGCAGCCGCCGCCGCACCGCGAGCCGGUCCGGGCGGAGCAGCCGGUCCCGCGGGAGGCUGCCCCUCGGUCGGACGCGCAGCCCCCGCCGCGGGAGAAGCCGCUCCCCCAGCGCGAGGGCAGCCGCCCCGAGCCGCCCAUGGCGCUGCAGCGCGAGCCCCCGCGGCCCGAGCCGCCGCCGCCGCCGCUCCCGCAGCUUCCCUUGCAGCCUCCCCCGCCGCGGGAGGCGGCUUCCCGGCCGGAGCCGCCGCCGAGGCCGCCGAGGGAGACGGUGCGCCUGGAGCUGGUGCUCAAGGACCCGACCGACGAGAGCUGCGUGGAGUUCAGUUACCCGGAGCUGCUCCUGUGCGGAGAACAACGGAAGAAGCCCAUUCACACAGAAGACCCAUUUAAUGAUGAGCAUAAAGAGAGGCAAGAAGUGGAAAUGUUGGCUAAGAAGUUUGAAAUGAAAUAUGGUGGGAAACCCCGUAAACACCGGAAGGAUCGGCUACAAGAUUUAAUUGAUAUAGGCUUUGGCUAUGAUGAGACAGAUCCAUUUAUUGAUAACUCAGAGGCUUAUGAUGAAUUAGUUCCUGCUUCUCUAACAACAAAAUAUGGAGGAUUUUAUAUCAACACUGGCACUCUACAGUUUCGCCAAGCUUCAGAUACUGAAGAAGAAGAUAUUACAGACGACCAAAAGCACAAACCAUCCAAAAUUCCUAAAAUAAAAGAAGACGGCAUUGAGAUAAAGAAGCGGAAGCGGAAAGAGGAAGGAGAAAAGGAUAAGAAGCCAAGGAAAAAAGUACCCAAACAACUGGGAGUUGUAGCUCUGAAUUCACACAAGUCUGAAAAAAAGAAGAAACGUUACAAAGAUUCUCUUUCUCUAGCUGCCAUGAUACGAAAAUUUCAGAAAGAGAAGGAUGCAUUAGAGAAGGAAUCUAACCCUAAAGUCUCAGUGAACUUAAUGAGCACCUCUUUGAAUAAACCCCCCUCCGCUGCUGUAACAUUGGGGAAUGAUGUCUCCGACUUAAACAUGAACAGUGCUGAUCCGGACCUUCCCAUUUUUGUUAGCACAAAUGAACAUGAACUCUUUCAAGAAGCUGAAAGUGCCCUAAAGAUACUAGAUGAUAUUGACUUUGACAGAUUAUUGGAUGCUACUUCUGAUGGUAGCCCCCUCUCUGAGUCAGGGGGAGAGAAUGGAAACACCACCCAGCCAACCUACGCCUCUCAGGUUAUGCCCAAGGUGGUACCUAUACUCCCAGAGGGUUUACCUGUCCUUCUUGAAAAACGUAUUGAAGACCUCCGUGUAGCUGCCAAACUUUUUGAUGAAGAAGGAAGGAAAAAAUUCUUUACACAGGAUAUGAAUAAUAUUCUUCUGGACAUUGAGUUACAGCUGCAGGAACUAGGCCCCGUCAUUCGUAGUGGUGUCUACGCCCAUCUUGAAGCGUUUGUGCCAUGCAAUAAAGAAACACUGGUAAAGCGUCUAAAGAAGCUACAUCUUAACGUCCAGGAUGAUCGUUUAAGAGAACCUCUGCAAAAACUGAAACUGGCCGUUAGCAAUGUCAUGCCUCAACAGCUAUUUAAAUACCAGGAGGACUGCCAGGCUCGUAGUCAAGCUAAGUGUGCCAAGUUGCAAACAGAUGAAGAACGAGAAAAAAAUGGAUCCGAGGAAGAUGAUGAUGAGAAACCAGGGAAACGUGUCAUAGGACCAAGAAAGAAAUUCCACUGGGAUGACACCAUUAGAACUUUGUUAUGUAACCUUGUUGAGAUCAAAUUGGGAUGCUAUGAGUUAGAGCCAAAUAAAAGCCAGUCUGCUGAGGAUUAUCUUAAAUCCUUUAUGGAGACAGAGGUGAAACCAUUGUGGCCUAAGGGCUGGAUGCAGGCAAGAAUGCUUUUUAAGGAAAGUCGGAGUGUACAUAAUCAUCUUACUUCUGCCCCGGCAAAGAAAAAGGUGAUUCCUGCACCUAAACCCAAAGUAAAGGAGUGUAGUCCAAAAAAGGACCAGAAAACUCCUGCUUCCUUGGUGGCUCCAAUUGGUGGUCCUUCAAGUUCUGUCACAUCUGCCAUGGCCUCCACCAGCUCUAGCUCUACUCCAGCCCAGGAGACGAUCUGCCUUGAUGACUCACUAGAUGAAGACCUUUCUUUCCACCCACCUGCACUGGAUCUUGUUUCUGAAGCUUUAGCUGUUAUCAACAAUGGGAACAAGGGCCCUCCAGCUGGCUCAAAGAUAAGCAUGCCAGCUGCAAAACCUCGUCCAGGACUGAGAGAAGAAAAAUUAGCAAGUAUAAUGAGUAAGCUGCCACUGGCUACUCCCAAAAAACUAGAUUCUGCUCAGACUGCACAUUCAUCUAGUCUUAUUGCUGGUCACACCGGGCCAGUACCAAAGAAACCCCAGGAUUUAGCUCAUACUGGCAUCUCUUCAGGCCUUAUUGCUGGUUCUUCAAUUCAGAACCCUAAAGUUUCCUUAGAACCUUUGCCAGCCAGGCUACUUCAACAAGGACUACAGAGGUCAAGCCAGAUUCAUGCUUCUUCCUCUUCACAGACCCAUAUCUCCUCUUCCUCCCAAGCCCAAGUUGCUGCCUCCUCUCACGCUCUGGGAACAUCAGAGGCCCAAGAUGCUUCUUCGUUAACACAAGUAACAAAGGUGCACCAGCAUUCAGCUGUCCAACAAAAUUAUGUGUCUCCACUGCAAGCAACCAUUAGUAAAUCACAGAGCAACCCAGUGGUGAAAUUAAGUAAUAAUCCCCAGCUUUCCUGUUCAUCCCCACUUGUUAAGACUUCAGAUAAGUCACUUAUGUACCGCCUUCCCUUACCUACUCCCUCACCUGGAAAUGGUUCUCAAGGGUCCCACUCCCUGGUUUCUAGGACAGUACCUAGCACCACUACCUCCAGUAACUACUUAGCUAAGGCUAUGGUGUCACAAAUCUCCACGCAGGGUUUCAAAUCUCCCUUCUCAAUGGCUGCAUCCCCAAAACUUGCCGCAUCUCCCAAACCUGCCACAUCCCCUAAACCUUUGCCCUCACCUAAGCCUUCUGCCUCACCCAAGCCCUCUCUGUCAGCUAAGCCUUCAGUAUCAACUAAACUUAUUUCUAAAUCCAACCCAACUCCCAAGCCUACUGUAUCCUCAAGUUCUUCCAGUCCAAGUGCACUAGUAGCCCAGAGUAGCCACUCCAGCAGUAACAACCCAGUCCAUAAACAACCCAGUGGAAUAAAUAUCAGCAGACAGUCUCCCACCUUGAAUUUAUUGCCCUCUAAUCGCACUUCAGGCCUUCCGUCUACAAAAAAUCUUCAGGCCUCAUCAAAGCUACCAAACUCAUCAUCCACUGGAACUGUUGGGAAGAAUAGCUUGAGUGGAAUUGCAGUGAACGCACCUGCCAGCAGAGGUAGCAACCUUAACUCAAGCGGAGCUAAUAGGACUAGUCUAUCUGGGGGAACAGGAGGUGGAACACAGGGUGCUACUAAACCGUUGUCUACUCCACAUAGACCAUCCUCUGCCUCAGGGUCUUCAGUGGUAACAGCCAGUGUGCAGUCCACAGCAGGAGCAUCAUUAUUGGCUAAUGCCUCACCUCUGACUCUCAUGACAUCACCUUUGUCUGUAACAAAUCAAAAUGUGACUCCUUUUGGGAUGCUGGGUGGCCUUGUUCCAGUGACCAUGCCCUUCCAGUUUCCCUUGGAGCUGCUUGGCUUUGGAACGGACACAGCUGGAGUGACAACCACCCCGGGAUCUACCUCAGCCGCUCUCCACCAUAGCUUAACUCAGAAUUUACUAAAGGGUUUACAGCCAGGAGCUCAGCAUGCAGCAACACUUUCCCACUCACCUCUGCCUACACAUUUACAGCAAACAUUUAAUGAUGGAGGCCAAAGUAAAGGGGACACUAAAUUGCCACGGAAAUCUCAGUGACUUCCCAACAAGCAAAGGAGAUGAGACACUCAGCUGGCUGAUGGAAUCUACCUGAUGGGAAAGUACUCAUGUGGUCAUAGGGCUGCUGUUCUGUCGAUGUUUACAUUCUCUCGUCCCAAGCACUGUGGUGAGGAGGAAAAAGGAAAGAAAACAUUACUUGAUGUAAAGCCAGGUGCAGGAGGAAGAAAUGCUUUCUUGCAAAGUUAGUGACUUUUGGUCUCUUCUAAAGAAAGACAAAGUUACCAUAUUAACUGAAUUAAAAGAGACUCAGUUGUCAAACCCACAGAAGUACAAAUUUGUUUUUCCCCCUGAGGGAGGAAGAAGGAAAAUUGAGGAUUUGGGUAAACUCCAUCCAUCCUGGGGGUUGGAUCUGAACAUGUAUAGUCAUAAUUGCAUAAUAAAAGGCAAUAUAUCUGGAAUUAGGUCAGUUUGUCAGGAGUAAGGAUCAUGUCUAUUUGAGUGGACUGUGGAGCAAAUUUGCCAUACAAAAAAAUAAUGACUUUAUGUCUGAUACAGACCGUAGAAAAUACUAUACCCUCAAAAAUCCUGAACAAACUUGAAUCUUCCCCAGUGUGUAGCAACUCCCCAUGUGAAUCAGUGGACUAGAGAUGCUUCAGGAAAGUUAUUUUAGCACAGUGAUAUGUAUUAUUAAAUCAUCGAGAUUUUUAAAAGUCACGAAAUUGAGCCUGUUGCUCUUAACAGACGAAACUUAGAUGUCCCCUUUUUAUAAAAGGGUCAAUUUCAUCUUCCUUUCAGAAGCAGGUACUUAACUCUCUUCUUCAGGUGAUUUGUGCAUCUGGUAUUGACAUUAAUUCUUAUUUCCAUUCUUGAUGUUAAAAUGUGACUGUUCACAUUUUUCUCUUGAGAAAUGGAGAUCUUUGCUGUAGGGCUUCGGCUUUGAUGCUCUUAGCCCUUGCAGGUCUACACUAUGAACUAAUUUCUCCCAACUUCACCUCAGUUCACAACUUCUGUUCUGUUAGCUAAGUGGUACUUCAGGUGACUAUUAAAUAUUGAUAUAAACAGCUAUAAGUGUGUACUACACAUGCUUCUACAUUGGUCAUUCAAAUAGCAUAUAUAUAUAUUUUUGGAAUUUUCAAGAUAGUAUUUUAAAGGGAGAAAUUACAUUCGAAUCAUGUGUGUACAAGGGAUUAUUUUUUAUAAAAAUCACAGUGUAUUUUUACUCCCUAUAUCCAGUGUAGUGAAAUUGAUUUGGAUCAUUUCCUAAUAUUGACUCAGAAUAUUGACAUGUGAGUAAAUCUGCAGAUAGUAAGACUCUGUAGUUAUCAUGGUGUCCUUAUGGAAAUAACAUUCAACAGAGGACAUUAAGGGAGAAAUUUAUGGCUUUGUUUGGAUACUUUUUUUUUUUACACCUCAUCAUUCUAGCCUUUCUUUUCUUUCUCCCUUUUUUUCCUUCCUGUUUAGGCUUCUAAAUGUUUCAAAGUGUACCCAAGAAUGGUGUAAGCUUGGUCCAUUUUUAAUGAUAAACUAACCUAAAGAGCCACAUCAGAUUGAUAGACGCAACAUUGCUUGUGUAUGUUUUCAUCACACAUCACCCUAUACUGUUAGGUUUAUUCAAAUAAGAGUAUUAACCAGGCCCUUUUUCUCCUUUUAUAAGAAAAAGUCCCAAAUAGCCGGUAGGACUGUGAAUAAAUUACUGCAGAUCUGUUCAGAUCUGUAAACCUAUAUUUGAAUUCAAAGUCACAUUGGCUGGCUUCACAGCAAAAAGUUAAUAAGUAACUGAAAACUUUAGUUCCAAGAACUUGUUACAGUAAGAGCAAAAGAUUAUUUCAAAGGAAUCAUUGAUAUAAUUACUUGCAUCUCAGAAUUUAGAUUACCAGUAAAACAAAUCUGAAUUUUGCAUCAGCCCUGGUAGAUAUUUUGGGAGGAUAUUGGGAUGUUGCAGAGAGGUUUGACUUGAAUUGAGUAUGUUUGAUUACAAUUUGUUUUUUUAAUUAGGCAAGCUUACCCAAUUGAGUUAUUCCAGUGUAGCAUACCUCUUUUAUCUAAGUUUUAUCUAAUUUGAGGGGGGCGGGGAACGUCUUUGCUAAUGCUAUGUAGGAGUUUUCCUUUGGGAAGCUAGCCUUUGUUUUACUUCCCAUACCAGGAGGGAAGUCAGAGUGCAUGUUAAUCUCUUCCUGCUGAUAAUUGUGCAUGUACUCAUGUGUGCGUGUGUGUGUGUGUGUGCAUAUAUUUAUUCAUAUAUAACUUCAUUACUAUUUUAAGUCAAGAAACAAUAAUUUUAAUUUCUUAAUAACUCCAUCAUCAGUUCUGAAUUAUACCUUGUGAGGAUUCCCUGGUGAUUCUGCUGUCAUUGGAGAAAAAGAGGUUUAUCAGUUCUUCCCCCAGUAUCAUUUUAUAACUAACCAUAAAUAGUAAUCUGAGGGCCCUGACCGGUUUGGCUCAGUGGAUAGAGCAUCAGCCUGCAGACUAAAGGGUCCCAGGUUCGAUUCGGGUCAAGGGCAUGUACCUUGGUUGCGGGCACAUCCCCAGUGGGGGGUGUGCAGGAGGCAGCUUAUCGAUGUUUCUCUCUCAUCGAUGUUUCUAACUCUCUAUCCUUCUCCCUUCCUCUCUGUAAAAAAUCAAUAAAAUAUAUUUUUUUUAAAAAAAAGUAAUCUGAAGGCCCUUGGCUCUGAGAAGUCUUCACAUAUGGAGAUUAUGUUCUGUUCUCUUCAGUCUUGGUAUCUUGGGAACUGCUGCCAGACCCAACCUCCUCCGCCCCUCCUUCUCCCUCCCCCCCACUUUCACUAACAUAUAUCCAUUUCAGUCAAGACUACCCUUUUUUUUUUAUGUUAAACAAGUGAAACAAACAUCCUUAUAUUUCUUAAUAGAUAAGUAUGAUCAGCGAAUUUCUACAUGUAAAUACAAAACUAUUUCUUUUCUAGAUCAUAACAUUAAAAAUUAUGUCCAUAUUUAUGGUCAGCUAUCUUUACAGUUUUCUUACUUAAAAACAAACAUAUAAAUUGGUUAUUUUUAGGACAGAGACUUGUGACUCAUAGUAUAUUUUUGCAUUUAUUUUUUAAAAUGGUAAGUUAUUUAAAAGGAUAUAGAGCAGUGUGUAUUUCUGAAGAGCGUUAAUAAACAUCCCAAUGCAAAAAUAAUCAGCACACUUAAUUACAUCCCAUUCAGUGGGAUUCUUGAAUCAGGAAAAUUAAGCUGUUUGUUUUCAAUUGUCUUAUAUUUUAAAUUGCCUUCACUGAUAUAUAAGCUAUUACUGUACAUACAAAUUAAUCCUCAGUAUUCACAAGCAAUAAUGGUCGGCAGAGUUGUCUUCAGAGAUAGCAGUGCUGAGCCCCUGUUGGAGACUGUUUGGGAGCAAAGUGUUAAGCUCAUUCAGAGCCUCCAAAGUCAAUGCAAGCAAUAAUUCCAUUACAAGUCGAUUAUAAUUCUUUCUCCUGUGCUUCUGAAAUUGAAGGGUAAGAGAAAUCAUGGUUUGAAAACAGCCUGAAGAAAAGGUUUUGGGAAAAGAAGUGAGGUUAAUCUGAAGUCACAAAGUCCUGAUGGUGUAUUAGUACAUUCUUUCAUGCCUACUCCCCCUUUGAUGGAUGUUGUUAGCCCAAAUAACAUUUUAUAUCAUAGAAGUUGAAUAGGGUUAUUGUAUUGCCAAGGUAGGAGGAAGAUCGGGGCACAUACAUGUUUAAAUACUGUGGGUUUGACACCUGUUUGAAAACAACUUAAUGAACAAGAGUUUUAACCCAGAAUUUUUUUUUCUCCCAAAGCAGAUCUAAAUUGUUUACUACCCAGGGUUGGAAAGGGCAGACACCUCUAGUCUUGCUUCUCUGGUUGCCCUCUACCACACCCCUUUCCAGCUCUACUUGGUUCAAGACAUUUUCUGAAAUGGAAAUGCUACUGUUUUUCAAACUGCCAUUGAUUGUGAGAACUCUGUGUCCCUUGGGAUCACCUCUUAGAACUCCAGCUCUCUAUCAUGUUUGCUGCUACAUUUGUAGAAUGAACUUUGCCUGUAUUGAUCGACUUUAACCUAACUUACAGUUCUUUAUUUCUAGAGGUUUUGUCUUAUCAUUUGACCCAUGUAUAGAAUUAGGAUACUUUAUUUCAGGAGUAUACCAUAACAGAAUACUGGUCCCUGUAUUUUUAUCUUCACUUAGGCUUUGAAUUUGAGUUUGCUUGUUUUGUUUUGUUUUAAAUUAGAAGAGUGAUAAAACCUAUAAUCAGGCCAAACUCAAAAAGUUCCCUGUGCUUCAGCACUGUCGUUUCUGCUGACCGUCCGUCCUCAGAUGGGGCAUUUUUACUUUAUGUUGUGCAUGUAUGAUUGUGUUUGUUUUGUUGUUUUUUGCUUUGGGGGCUUUUGUUUUUGUAAUAAUGAAGCAGAAGAAAAAUGCAGUAGUAGGUCAAUGACUGGUUACAAACACGUUAUGCAAUUUUAUUUUAUAAAAUCUAAGGGGAAAAGUUUAACUCUCUGUAAAUCAUUUCUUAGCUCUGGUAAAAUGCUUAUAUUGCUCCUCUAAAACAUGCUCAAUUCAGGCCUUUCUCUUUUUUAAGUGCCUUUUUUUCUCUCCCCUUCCCCCACCCUUUUCAAACUGUUCUCAUAUACCCUGACGUACAGGCUAAUAAGUCAGGGGAUUCAGGAGGAGGAAUCCCAAACUUGCCAACUUCAUGUCAUGCUGUAAUGUUCUUCCUUUUCUUUAUAUGUAUAUGGAUAUGUGUAUAAGAUACAUACAUACAUAUAUAUGUGUAUAUAUAUAUAUGUAUACAUAUGUAAUAUAUAUAUAAAACUAGCAGCUGCUGUACCAUUGCAUCCUUUCUGAACACUUCCUGUCAGUGUUUGCAAGACUUCUGCCUGUUUAUUCCACUGCUUUUAAUCAAUUCAAAUGGAUGGACUGGGAAAUUGUCUUUCCCCCUAAGAGCAUCUGUUUGUGUGCGUGUGUGUGUGUGCGUGCAUACAUACAUAUAUAUAUAUAAUAAGUAGUUAUUACAAGUAAAAUAAAUUUAGCCAACUCAUUGACUAUUCCUGGGUUUAACCCACUGCCCUAUGCCUUUCAAACUUGGCAUGAGUAAUACUGGAGAAAGCAUUGGAGUAACAAGUCUUUUGUGGGUCAAGUCAAUAAGGUGCACUAUGGCAGGCAAACAGCCAUGGGGGAGCUAGAGUUAGAAUCAUGAUAUUGUAUUUGAAUAAGUUUUCAAGGAAGUUAGCAACUUUGUCAACAUUGAAACUGCAUUUUGGGGAAAUUCUUUUCGGAGAAUUCAUAUAGCUAUUUUGCAUAUCUGUCAAAGGUUAAUACAUUUAGAAGUAGAAGGACUUCAGGUGCCGGGGAAAACACUCAUAUAACCUAUAGCAUUAUUGAAAGAUCUUCAGUUUUCAUUUGCCAGAUAAUUACAUUUGGCUUAAUCUGCUUUUAUGACUAUUUAAAUCCCUCCCUUGAGCCAAAUAACGUAAUUUUCGGCAUCUAAGAUUCAUUUGUUUUUUGUUGAAAACAUAUUUGACAUGUUAAGGGAGACCAAGUUGAACCAAUCCUCAAAACCCAGUACAAAUAUCUAGUAAGUGCUCCCUUUUAAAUACAUUUUAAUUGGGAAGAGGAGACUAGUGGCUAAAAGGAGAAAGCAGAGGCUCCUGGUAGUGUUACCUGAUAGCAACACUGUUAUUAGGCAGCUUCUGUUUAGUCGUGUUACUCUUGGAUUACUACGUUAGGGGGAAUAUCAUUUAACCUUCGUGCCUCAGAUUACCCAUUAGAAUGUUGGGUAUAAUAAUAUUCACCUACCUCCCAGGGAUAUCAGAGACUUUACUAGUUCAAAAAUACUUUGAGUUUUUCUAAAAUGUCCUAUAUAAUUAAAAAAGUAUUAUCAUCAAAAAAAAAAAAAAAGUAUUAUCAUCAUCCUGCAGAGGCUAAAGAAUGGGUAUAAAAAGCACCAUUUAAUUUUUAAUUUUAAAAAUAAAUCACUGGAAUUCUAGUUAAGAUACAUAUUUGUUAUUUAAGUAUUUUAUAUUUGUGGUGGGGUAAAAUGGUUACUUUCAGAUUAGUAAGUGGGAAGGGGAAGUAACACAUUGUUUCUUAAUCAUAUGUAGGUUUUGGUUUUUUUUGCCUUUUAUGGUGUUAUUUAUUACAGGUGUGAUUUUUGCCAAGGUUUCAGAGCUGAAACUACGUAAAAUUUGGAUGGUUUGUCAUUGGAGUUGGUUAAUGAUCCCGAAAGUUUUAUCUGCCUCACAUUUCCAUCUUCUCCAUCUAAUUUUCUUGUAUUAGUUGUUUGGUGAUGCAUAGCAAAGCGUUUAACUAUCUAAGAAAGAAUGGGAGUCUCCUCAUUCUUGUAAAUUGGAGACUGUGUACUGUUCCUGCAACUAUAGGUUUAUCCAUCUUUGCACUGAAGGGGCAAGCACUACACACAGUCAGCAGGGUACACUUCUAGCCAGUUUCCCUUUGUGAUUUAUGCUUCUUCAACCCAUGGAAGAGUUGUAGGAAAAUGGGAGCGGGGAGGCAGGAUUCACUUCCUAGCUGGGGCAGGGUUGGGAGACUGGGGGUGGAAGGAAACACGGUUUGCCCAUCUCUGAAGAGGAAAGGAAGAUCUUUUUAUCCUACCUUCUAUCCCAGCGUAUUAGGUAGUAAUACAUAGAAUUUUCCUCCUAUCAUUUAAACAACAGGAAAAAUGGAUGCUGCCUUUCUAGUUAGGAAUAAAUGCUGAGCAGCAAUUGCUGGGGGUUGAGUGCUGAUUUAAAUUGUAGCACAUGUUCAGGAUUAGGAAAGAACAUGUAGGGAGGUGAAGAACAAACUAUCUCGCUCAAGUGAGUCAGGAGAAAGCAGCAGGCCCAAAGCAGACAAAGCACUGGACUGAUACCCAGAAUUGGCCAAGGCUCAUUUAACCUCUAGUGAUGGGACGUUUUUAUUACUUUUUCCAGAUAAGGCCUUAGUAGCCUCUGAGUAUCAACUAUGCAGAUAAGUGUACUCUUUAUUUUACACAUCUUUUCUUAUCCAUUCUUUAAAUAACAUGUUAAGACUUCUACCCAAAGAAAUAAGGCAUUAAGGUUUUGUUGAAUGUGUAUCUGUUCCGCUAGAGAAAAUUAACAGAAGCAUAAAAUAAGAGAUAUUUUAUUUGUUCUUCUAUCAUAAAAUGUGAAUCUUACAUUAAAAAAUUAAGUGCACAUCCUUUCACUGGUGCAAAACUUAGAAUCAUGGAAUACCAUUGGGUUGUUAAGUUACAUUAUCACCCCAGCGUUCAAUUCUGAGAAAGAUUUAGGUUCUGCAGCACACUGUUCGGGUUCGUAGUGCUGAACAGAUUGUCCGACUCUAAUUUAAAAUAGCUUUGAAUAUUAAUGUUGUAUUCUUCUUUAUUUCCUUUAGUCUUCAUUCUUCUUUCCUUUAAUUUGAGCUCUUAAGUUAACCAUUUCGUCAGCCAGUUGCUACACUGGAGUAUUGCGUAUUGUGAAGAAUCUGGGGAGGAAAGGUUAACCUGUCUUUCACCUCCUUUUCUCACUCACAUGGCUAUCUACCCUGUGUCCCAUUGAAUUCAGAAGUAAAGACUACAGUCUGUUCCAGGAGACUGUUCACAUCCCAGCACAGACUGAGAGAGAGACGCUAGGGCUUUAAUUAGACUGCCACUGAAUAACUUGACAUUAAAUUGCUUUUUUCUUAGCUAAUCCCAAAGUACCAUUUGCUUGAAAGUAACUAUUUGUGGUCUUUAAUUUCCUCAUACUGUAAUACUUCUACUUUACUUCUCAAUCUUUCUUACAUAUUUUCAGUUUAUAACAGAUUAAUACUUAAGUUUCUGACACUUUCCCGAACUGUUAACCAAACAGGUCAAGAGUACUUUCAGAAGUCUUAGUAGUGUAAUUAAUGGGGUCGAUAUUUCCAGGAAUUAGAAUUAUCACUGGUGACCAGAAUUUUUUUUUCUCUUCUCCUUUGUAUUAAAAAAUAGAUUUCUCUACUAUAUAAUGUAGUAGCUGCAGUUUAUGGCUUCCUCUUGAUGCUUUCGAGGUUGUUCAGAAGAAGCACAGGCCUUUGUUAGGGGUUUAGUUCUCAUAAUUCUCUGCCUAGCUUUUUUUCAUACUUCCCUGGGGAAAAAAACCUACUUUGCAAAGAGUUAAGUCAAACAGGUCAUAUGAAUCCUUAGUACGGAUUUUAUGUUUUUUAGAAAACUCUACAUCAUUUGCUCCCAUUUUGCUAAUAAUAAUAUAAUUCUACUAGAAACCUGAUGCACAAAUUCGUGCACCAGUGGGAUCCCUCAGCCUGGCCUGCGGGAUCAGGCUGAAACCGGCUCUCCAACUUCCCCCGAGGGGUCCCAGAUUGCGAGAGGGCGCAGGCCAGACUGAGGGACCCCCACUGGUGCAUGGUCGGGGUCGGGGAGGGACACGGGAGGUUGUCUAGCCUGGGAGGGGCUGCGGGAGGGCUCCAGGGCAUGUCCAGCCCAUCUCGCUCAGUCCUGAUCGGCAGGACUUCAGCAGCAAGCUAACCUACCAGUAGGAGUGUCUGCCCCCUGGUGGUCAGUGCACGUCAUAGUGACUGGUUGACCAGUCGACUAUCUGCCCCCUGAUGGUCAGUGCACGUCAUAGUGAGUGGUUGAGCGGCCUUAGCAUAUCAUUAGCAUAUUAUGCUUUGAUUGGUUGAACAGACGACUGGACACUUAGCAUAUUAGGCUUUUAUUAUAUAGGAUUUUAUCUUAAAUCUAGUGUUAAAAUAUUUUAUAAUGGAGCAUUGAUGGAAACCUAAUUAAAUUCAAGCAAGAUGACUAUUACCCAAGAUAACUCGGAAAUACUUCAAUUUUUUAAGUCAACAGUUCCAUUCAGCCUCUAAGCACAUUUAGGAGUUAGCAGUAACCAAGACCAGCUGUUGAUAUGUUUUUCUGUUUGACAACCUGCCCUUAAUUUGUCAGACCUCAGCUGUCUUGUAUUUUCUGUCCUUGCAGCCAUAACCUCAUGUUUUUUGUUUGUUUUGUUUUUUUGCUUAUCUCUGCUGCUUACAAGGGUAUUGUGCUCUGUGCCAGCACAUGGCGUUUUCUUUCCCAUACCUGCAAAAUUACCAAGGAUUACCCCAAUUUUGGCUAGAGGCAUUAAAAGAGUUUUUCUCAAUUAACAAAGGUAUUACUGUUUUAUAUAGUUAGUGAGAAAGUUGGCCACCUUCAGCCAACUUUUAAAGUCCCGGCUCUGCCUACAUAAUUAAUUACAUAGACCUUCAGAUAAACAAGGGGCCCUUCCACCAGGAGAGGUAGGGUCCAAGGCCAGCCUCCAGAGAACAGACUCAAGCUUGGUACUGUCCUUUGUAGGCUGUCACGGAAAAAUUGUAUUAUAGAAAGUAUCAAAAAUAUUAAUUGUUCUUGAGGAGAGUAGGCAGAUCUGAGGCUUGCCAUUGUGUUUUGCUUGCUAAUCAUUAUCAAGCUUAAAAGAAGAGGAAAAGAAAUCUCUGGCUGGCAAAAAUUUUGUGCCCCAAAUAACGUGUUAAAGUCUACUAAGGUAAUGAAGUGAUGGGUGUUUUCUCCCUUUUUUAUAAGCAAGAAAGUUUAUUUGUAGUUGUAAAAAUUAUUGUGGGACUGCAGAUCUAUUUGCUGAUUGGAAAUACGGAUUCUGAUUUUUAAUCUGGCUAAGCACAUAUUUCCAACUUUUACGCUAUAAAUUUUGAUAAGGGAAAGACUUGUUUGUUAACAGAAGGAAAAACAGGUCUUAACUUAUACAGUGAAUGUUCACUCUGUAGAGGAACUUCCCUCCAGUUGCACAUCUUCCUCUUACCAUAGCCACCUCCACACUUGUUAGAGAUGCCAGUGUGUUUCUCCACAAUCUUGAAGGAAGGAGCCUGAAUAAUUGCUGCUCCUUUGAGGGAAAGGCACUGCUUAUUGUAUCACGUGUAUUUAUAGGGAGGUGCAUUUAUACUAACUUGAAGGGAUAUACUGUAUUUUAAAUAAGUGUGUGACUUAAUAUUUUGGGGUUAUUUUUCUUCCUUUAAAACUGGACCUGAACAAAGCUUUGAGUUGAUAUUUGUAAUAAUCUCAGGACCUGAAAGAUUGUAGCAUUUAGUGUGUCUUAAAAAUUAUGUACUGUACCAGCCAUGGAUUUUUGUAAAUAUACCUGUCUCCCUUUUUUGUAUUAUUUUAGUAAAAAAAAUAAUAAUAAAUUUAAAUAAAAGGGGGUGGUAAUGACAUGUGAAUGGGUGUGGUAUGUGUGUGUGUGUGUUUGUAUAAGGCUCUUAUGAGAUGAACUGGUGCUUGUUUAAUUUCCGGCUCUAAUCAGAGCAGGAAUAUGGACAACUGCUGCUACUGUACUCUGCACUGAGCCUAGGUAUUUCCAUUUUAUCUUUCCCAGUGGUUGAUUAGAAACGAGCUACCAAGAAAUGACUAAGAACUUAAAUUCUUCCCACUGCCAUCUUGCUCUGUAUUCUCAGUUCGCAUACCCUUUGAAGUUUAAUGGUAAAGCUUUCCUGUCUUUGGGGGAUUCACUGGUCUCUAGUUUUUAGAGAACUCUUAUCACUAUUUUCUAAGAAGAAAGGACAGAUAAUUUUUUUAACCAAAAUCACACAUUUCAUAAAACCCUGAUGAGUUAUGGAUAUGUGAGAGGACUUAAACAUUCCUGAAUAUGGAUCUUUGAAUUUGGUAAAUUAACCCCAUGGAUAUACUCCUUCAGUGCAGGGGAAUUUUUUCUUUUUUCUUUUUUUGCAACAGCCUUGCUCAUAUUCCAGGUGUAGCUAGCGAACCCCUGUUUUAAAGCAGGAGCCUUAUUUGAUUUAGUGUAGUUGUUUCCUGUCAAUUCUUUGUGACAGGGCCUUUUACAUGCGUGGUUUUUUCUUUUUGUAUGUGUUACGUGUUUAUUGUAUUAAAUAAAGAGGAAUGUGCAUAUUA